AUCUCACUUCCCCGUCUGAGAACGCCCCUCCCCAAAAUGCCAACGGUAACCGGAAAACACUCUCCGCCACCCGCCCCGCCCCCAAACCUUAAUCCUAACGCCCUUCCAAACACCCCAGCCCUCCCCUCCCCUCAAAUCGUCUCCCGUCCAAGGCUCGAACAAAUCCUUGAAUCCUCCCCCCCCCCCCCCCCCCCUCUCUCUCUCCCUCUCCUCGCUUCUCCAAUGGGCCACGGCCAGUCGAAGCCGGAGCCGUGGAUGGAGCUGCGGCCGGGGAUGAGGCCGAUCCGGCGGAAGAUCGAGGAGGUGAAACGGCGGAGGAGGGAGAGGAAAUUGAGCAUCGUCUCCAGCUCGGAGCUCCUCCGCCCCGAGGAACGCGAGGAGAUGGUCGACGACGAGUCCACCCGCGGCGCUGCCGGGACGGAGGCGGGGCAGGAGGACGAGGUCGCCGGAUCGCCGGAGGCCGUCGCCGCCUUCCCCACAGCUGCGGAGAAGGUGAAUGAAGAGAAAACGAUAGACGAUGAGGAGAAGGCAGCGACGGCGGUGGAGGAGAAGGAGACCGGGGCGGCGGCGGCAACGGCUGUGCUGGAGAAGGAGGAAGAGGAGGAGAAGAGGGGGUUAGGAUUCAGGGGGCAGGAGGAGGACGACGAGAAGGGGAAGAAGUUGCGGUCUUUCGCGGCGGAUGAGGAACCGCUCGGAUCGCCGAGUUUUAGGUUUUAUUGCAUGGAUUUGGCGCGCGACUCGGAGGCCGAUUCCUCGGUUAAAUUCGGCGGCAAUAGAAGGAGAGAUAAACUACCUGAAAUCAUGGAGAAGAAGGAGAAGAAGGCUCAUGGGAGGGAAAACAGCACCGAAUCCGUGAAUUCGAACGAGAACUUGGAGAUAAAGCCAUUGAAGAAGGACAAGGGAAGGAGAUUGAAAGCUUUAACAAAGGCGCCUAGCCAUGUAUAUAACUUGCUUAACGUCCGGAAUUGCUACAAUAACACUUCUUCAACCACCAGUCGAGAUAAAGACAGCCUUCUAGGUGGAAAGGCUGCUUUGUAGAAUUAUUAACACAUCCAACAGAUCCUUCGUUGGUUUCAAACACAUAUAUCGAAUCAUAUGUGGGUAUUGUCUCCUAUCUAUUUGUUACACUUGUAUACGUACUUCUAAUUGUCGCCGUUGCUGCGAAAAUGUUCUUGGAAACAGGAUCUAAGGCUUGCUUCUUUUCAAGAACUUUUAUCGAUUCAAAUGCGCAUAUUGUGCAAGUAAAUUUAUUGCAUUUGAAUGUUCA